UUUUUGUGUAACUUUGAGGCCACGUGCCCUUAAACACACCACUAACUGAAAAUAACCAACUGUCUGCAUUCUCUUAUAAACUCAGACCCUUCUGCUUCUUUAAAGGAAAAAAAAAAGAGUUGGAGAAGAAGAAGAGCAAGAGGCUCAGUGGCCUUGAAACACAAGCUCAAAACACUCAAACAGGUACAUAAAUUCAUUACAAAAUCUUGUCUUUUCUGUUGUGUGUGUUUAUAAUUCUGUAAUCAAGAAACAGGGGAAGUGUUCUUGAAUUACAGAGUUUUUAAUCAUGGCUUCUUUGAUGUCCUCCCCAUUUACAUUGCCUACAACUAAAGUAGACCAAUUAUCUUCAAUUUCUCAAAAACAUUACUUUCUCCAUUCUUUUCUUCCCAAGAAAACUAACCCAUCCAACUCCAAAUCACCCAUGAGAGUGAAAUGUGCUGUUGUUGGCAAUGGCCUUUUUACUCAAACCUCACCCGAAGUGCGUCGAGUUGUGCCUGAGAAUCUUCAAGGCCUUCCUACUGUAAGAAUUGUAUAUGUAGUAUUAGAAGCUCAAUAUCAGUCUUCACUUACUGAGGCUGUUCAAAUUUUGAACAAAAGUGAGAAGAAUGCCUCAUAUGAAGUUGUUGGAUACUUGGUUGAAGAGCUUAGAGAUGAGGAGACUUACAAAACUUUCUGUAAAGAUGUUGAAGAAGCCAAUAUCUUUAUUGGAUCAUUGAUUUUUGUGGAAGAGCUUGCGCUUAAAGUUAAGGCGGCAGUGGAGAAAGAAAGGGACAGGCUUGAUGCAGUUUUGGUGUUUCCAUCAAUGCCUGAGGUGAUGAGACUCAACAAGUUGGGAACAUUUAGUAUGUCUCAACUUGGGCAAUCGAAGAGUCCAUUUUUCCAGUUGCUCAAGGGGAAGAAGUCAUCUGCUGGCUUUGCUGACAGCAUGUUGAAGCUUGUGAGGACUUUACCUAAAGUUUUGAAGUACUUGCCGAGUGAUAAAGCCCAAGACGCGAGGCUUUACAUACUUAGUCUGCAGUUUUGGCUUGGUGGUUCACCUGAUAAUUUGGUCAAUUUUGUAAAAAUGAUUUCUGGAUCAUAUGUUCCUGCUUUGAAAGGACUGAAGAUUGAGUAUUCGGAUCCUGUUUUGUUCUUGGAUAACGGGAUUUGGCACCCUUUGGCCCCUUGUAUGUAUGAUGAUGUGAAGGAAUAUUUGAAUUGGUAUGGGACGAGGAGGGAUGCAAAUGAGAAGCUGAAGAGUCCGAAUGCACCAGUAGUUGGGUUGAUUUUGCAGAGGAGUCAUAUUGUUACCGGUGAUGACAGCCAUUAUGUGGCUGUGAUCAUGGAAUUGGAAGCAAAAGGGGCUAAGGUGAUUCCAAUUUUUGCUGGUGGCUUGGACUUUUCAGGGCCCGUUGACAAGUAUCUUGUUGAUCCUAUCAGCAAGAAACCUUUUGUGCACUCAGUGGUGUCACUGACUGGUUUUGCUCUUGUUGGAGGACCAGCAAGACAGGAUCAUCCGAAAGCUAUUGAGGCAUUGAUGAAGCUUGAUGUGCCUUACAUUGUUGCAUUGCCUUUGGUAUUCCAAACCACAGAGGAGUGGUUGAAUAGCACAUUAGGCCUGCACCCAAUUCAGGUUGCUUUGCAGGUUGCUCUCCCAGAGCUUGAUGGAGGCAUGGAGCCCAUUGUCUUCUCUGGCCGAGAUCCAAGAACAGGGAAGUCGCAUGCUCUUCACAAGAGAGUGGAGCAGCUUUGCACUAGGGCUAUCAACUGGGGUGAACUGAGAAGGAAAACCAAGGCUGAGAAGAAGGUAGCAAUCACUGUAUUCAGUUUUCCUCCAGACAAAGGAAAUGUUGGAACUGCUGCUUACCUGAAUGUGUUUGCUUCCAUAUUCUCUGUUCUCAAAGACCUUGAAGGAGAUGGCUACAAUCUAGAAGGACUUCCAGAGACAGCCGAAGCCUUGAUUGAAGAUAUACUUCACGACAAAGAGGCUCAGUUCAGCAGCCCAAAUCUCAAUGUAGCAUACAAAAUGGGUGUCAGAGAGUACUACAAACUGACUAGCUACGCAACUGCAUUGGAAGAGAACUGGGGAAAAGCUCCUGGGAGUUUGAAUUCUGAUGGGGAGAACCUGUUGGUGUAUGGUAAGCAAUAUGGAAAUGUCUUCAUUGGCGUUCAGCCUACAUUCGGUUAUGAGGGUGAUCCUAUGCGGCUUCUUUUCUCUAAAUCAGCUAGCCCCCAUCACGGUUUUGCUGCAUAUUACUCAUUUGUUGAGAAAAUAUUCAAAGCUGAUGCAGUGCUUCAUUUUGGCACUCACGGUUCUCUUGAAUUCAUGCCUGGUAAACAGGUUGGUAUGAGUGAUGCUUGUUACCCAGACAGCCUUAUAGGCAAUAUUCCCAAUGUUUACUAUUACGCAGCCAAUAACCCUUCAGAAGCCACUAUAGCCAAGAGAAGGAGCUAUGCAAAUACUAUAAGUUAUCUCACUCCUCCAGCAGAAAAUGCCGGGCUCUACAAAGGACUGAAGCAGCUUGGAGAACUCAUAGCUUCUUACCAGUCUCUCAAGGACACUGGUCGCGGUCAGCAAAUUGUGAGCUCUAUAAUCAGCACAGCCAGACAAUGCAAUCUUGACAAAGAUGUGGAUCUUCCGGAUGAAGGAGCUGAAAUCUCUGCCAAGGAACGUGAUCUUGUGGUAGGAAAAGUGUACGCCAAAAUCAUGGAGAUUGAAUCGCGACUUUUACCUUGUGGACUCCACAUCAUUGGUGAGCCUCCAUCAGCGAUGGAGGCUGUUGCCACUCUCGUUAACAUUGCAGCACUAGACCGGCCAGAAGAAGGGAUUACGGCUCUUCCAUCAAUCUUGGCUCAGACAGUAGGAAGAGAGAUUGAAGAUAUAUAUAGAGGAAGUGACAAAGGAAUUUUGAAGGAUGUUGAGUUGCUUCGCCAAAUAACUGAGGCGUCUCGUGGAGCCAUAAAUGCAUUUGUUGAGAAAACAACUAACGAGAAGGGCCAAGUGGUUAAUGUGACUAGCAGACUCAACUCUAUCCUCGGUUUUGGUAUAAAUGAACCUUGGAUUCAGUACUUGUCAGACACUAAGUUUUACAGGGCUGACAGAGAACAACUGAGAGUUCUGUUCGGAUACUUGGGUGGGUGUCUGAAGUUGAUUGUAGCUGAUAAUGAGUUGGGAAGUUUAAAACAAGCGUUGGAAGGCAAGUAUGUGGAACCAGGUCCAGGUGGUGAUCCCAUCAGAAACCCGAAAGUUUUGCCAACUGGGAAGAAUAUUCAUGCGCUUGACCCACAGUCAAUUCCCACUGAAGCUGCAUUGCAAAGUGCUAAGGUUGUGGUGGAUAGGUUGCUCGAGAGGCAGAAGGCUGACAAUGGGGGGAAGUACCCCGAGACUGUUGCACUUGUGUUGUGGGGAACAGAUAAUAUCAAAACUUAUGGUGAGUCUUUGGCUCAGGUUAUGUGGAUGAUUGGAGUCAGGCCGGUCGCUGAUUCUAUUGGCCGGGUAAACCGGGUGGAGCCUGUUAGCCUUGCAGAGCUUGGGAGGCCAAGAGUUGAUGUUGUUGUGAAUUGUUCUGGAGUGUUUAGAGAUCUCUUUAUCAAUCAGAUGAAUCUCUUGGACCGGGGUGUGAAGAUGGUAGCUGAACUAGAUGAGCCCGAAGAAAUGAACUUUGUCAGGAAGCACGCACUAGAGCAAGCCAAAACUCUUGGCGUUGAGGUUAGGGAAGCUGCAACUAGAAUAUUCUCCAACGCCUCAGGCUCGUACUCCUCCAAUGUAAACCUUGCUGUUGAAAAUUCUUCAUGGAAUGAUGAGAAGCAGCUUCAAGACAUGUACUUAAGCCGCAAGUCCUUUGCAUUUGACUGUGAUGCUCCUGGAACCGGUAUGAUGGAAAAGAGACAAGUAUUUGAGAUGGCUCUAAGUACAGCCGAGGCCACAUUCCAAAACCUUGACUCUUCAGAAAUCUCCCUUACUGAUGUCAGUCACUACUUCGACUCUGACCCUACCAAUCUGGUACAGAACCUGAGGAAGGAUGGAAAGAAGCCGAAUGCAUACAUUGCAGACACGACCACGGCUAAUGCACAGGUUCGUACUCUGUCCGAGACUGUCCGACUAGAUGCACGAACGAAGCUCUUGAACCCCAAAUGGUAUGAAGGAAUGCUGUCCAGCGGAUACGAGGGUGUUCGUGAAAUUGAGAAGAGGCUAACCAACACAGUGGGAUGGAGUGCUACCUCAGGACAAGUGGACAACUGGGUCUAUGAAGAAGCAAACACCACAUUCAUUAAAGAUGAAGAGAUGUUGAAGAGGCUAAUGAGCACAAACCCAAACUCCUUCAGGAAGCUGCUGCAGACUUUCUUGGAGGCCAAUGGCCGCGGAUACUGGGAAACUUCAGAAGAAAAUAUCGAGCAAUUAAAGCAGUUGUACUCUGAAGUCGAAGAUAAGAUUGAAGGAAUUGAUCGGUAAAUAUGUAACUUACAAAUAAAUUCUUGAAUGCAGAAUAACAUUCUUAGUUUACCUGAGCCAUUUCUCCCUUGUGAGGGGAGACUGGGUUAAUGUAACUUCCAAGAACAGUUCGAAUGUGAAUUUGUUUUUUCCACUUCCCCAACUGUAAUUUACAUCAUUUUGGGGUUUUGUCUUCAUUGUAUGUAAUUCAGAGUAUUACAUAUUGAAAAGUAUAUAUGCAAUCGGUUACAUGAUUGUUCUACA